CUGUUGAACUAGAUUUUUUAAAAUUUAAUUUCAAUAUUGUUUUUUUGUGAGAGGUAAAUGGAAAUCAAUAGGGUAACGACAUAGUAAACGAUUCCCAACUUACACUCUCAAAAUAAGUAAAAACAAUAAAUUAAAAUUUUGAAAUAACAGCCAAACAUUACCAAAUAGAGGUUUUCCAGUUAAAAUAUAGAAAUAAAUAUUUGAAGAUUUUUUCACAUAGUAAUCUAUAUUAGUAUUAAAUAACAGUCAAAAUGAAAUCCUCGUUUCCUUAUGUGUAUAAAUAAAUUUUUUCUUUUGAAAAUUUCCAAUUUAGCCUUUUACUUAGGUGUACUAAUAUAAGUAGAUAGAUAUGCCAAUGUUUAAAACACACACACACACUCCAUUUUAAGAUGUCUUCAAUCCCAAAUGAGUUCAAUCCUUACGGUGAUUGUCCUAUAAAUCAUGGUGAUUUUGUUCCCAUCCAAAUGAACCCAAGUUCGAGGAUCCACCACUCCAAAAUGGUACCAUCAAUGUUCCUUACUUCUAACAACAAAAACCAUGCUAAUUUAUAUUCAUCUCCUGCUUUGACUAGUUCUCAUGUUUCACAAAUUUCUUCAUCUUCCUUGAGAGUCAACAAUACUACCCGUGUGGCUUUUCAAACAAGAAGCAACAUGGUUUCUCCUUUCAGUAUGCCUUGCACUGCUCAAAUCAGUGGUUUUGUUAACUUUUCUCAAGUUUCUAUCACUCACACUAUCACAAAUAGGUAUCAUGCUAUUAUUCCUACCAAUAAUAUGGUCAUUGUCCAAAACGAUAAUGAUCAUGUCAAGCGUGUCAUGCCUUCUUAUCCACCAAUUUUGAACUCUACAGUUCAUCCUCCAAAUGGUUUUGAUAAUCAUUACGAAACCUUCACACCCAAACCCAUCGAUUUCUUUUGUCAGCCUUUAGAUAGAUUUUCAUCGUCUCCAAAACACCUUCAUGAACAAUAUGUUCAUAAAGAUGGUCGGCCAGUGAAAUAUAUCCACAAACCAGCUGACGUCCUUGAAGAAAUUCAUGACUAUAUUGAUUAUGAAAAAGACGGUGGUUGGAUAUAUAGCCUACCCUAUGAGAAAGACAGUUCAUUUAUAUGUUUAAAGUGCAACCGUGUGUUUGAUACUUCACAAAUAUUGGCUGCUCAUACAAAAUUAGUUCAUUCUAAGAAUGAGACUAAUGAUGGGGGAAAGAAAAGACUCAAAGUAAAUCAUCAAGAGGUCCAUGGUAAAUCUCAUAAGAUCAACAAAGAUCAAACUGGAGGACAAAGUUGCAGAAGAAAGUUAAGGCAAUAAAGACGAAUUAAGUAUUUGGUGAAGAAGCAUCUAUUUAGGAUUUGGCUUUUCAGAAUGUUUUUUCUUUCAUCAGCUUUAUAUAUUAGUGUUUUGUUUCUCUGUUUUCAACAGCUUCUUUUUGUAUUUCUUCGUCGUCGUCGAUGAUUUAAAACUGUUUAAGUCACCAAAGCCAUAUGCAAUCGUGGAAAAAUGUAUAAUUUUGUUGGUG